AACAAUUUUUGAAACCCAAAAAAAUAAUAAAUUUAAAUUAAAGAAAAAAAAAAUCGAAGUCCUCCACCACCUUCUUUGCUUUUACUUCUUCUCCUUCUCCACUGUAUAAUUCAUACCAACACUUAACGAAUUCUAGUUCGCCAUUUCUUCUCCACGGAAGCUCAAGCCCUCGAGCUGUUCACGCUCUCAUGGCGUCCAUCGCAUCAGCAUUCGGUUCCAGCGGACUCGCUUUGCUCCGCGCGGGAAAAUGCUUUCCCGCUCGGAAACUGUUCCUGCACUCCGCGAAUUGCUCGAGCUUCAACCGUCGGGACUCGAGAAGCGACUAUUCUUCGACGAGGACGAUGACGACGGUGCUGUGCCGUACCGGCGUUGGAGUUCCACGCGCUGCCACGGAGGUAGUGGUGGAGAGAGAAGUGAAGAGCGAGGAAGAGAAAGAGGAAGGAGAUAGGGUUCUGAGGGUUGGGAUUAUAUGUGGAGGUCCUUCUCCCGAGCGUGGAAUUUCUCUCAAUUCUGCGAGAUCAGUUCUCGAUCAUGUUCAGGGAGAUAAUUUUCAAGUUAGCUGCUAUUACAUUGAUUCUGAAUUAAAUGCCUAUGCAAUAUCCUCUGCUCAGGUAUAUUCAAACACUCCAGCAGAUUUUGAUUUUAAACUUGAAAGCCUUGCCCAAGGUUUCCAGUCUCUGUCUGAUUUUGCAGGACACUUAGCUGCUUCUGUAGACAUAGUGUUCCCUGUAAUUCACGGUCAAUUCGGUGAAGAUGGUGAUAUUCAGGAGCUGCUGGAAGAACAUAAUAUUCCAUAUGUUGGAACAGGAUCAAGUGAGUGUCGACAAGCAUUUGACAAAUACAAUGCCUCAUUGGAGCUCAAUAAACUAGGAUUUGUAACGUUGCCUAGUUUUCCAGUGCAGAGAAGUGGAGUGAAUGAAUCUGAACUAUCAAAAUGGUUUGCAAGCAAUCAUCUGGAUCCGAAUUCAGGGAAAGUUGUGGUAAAACCUGCACGAGCAGGAUCAAGCAUUGGUGUUAAAGUUGCAUAUGGAUUGGAUGAUUCUCUAAAGAAGGCUAAUGCAAUUAUUUCAGAGGGUAUUGAUGAUAAAGUCCUCUUGGAAGUAUUUAUAGAAGGUGGGAAUGAGUUUACAACCAUUGUCCUAGAUGUGGGUUCUGGUUUAGAUUGCCAUCCUGUUGCACUACUGCCAACUGAGGUGGAGCUUCAAUUCCAUGGCAGUGUUGAUAUAAGAGAGAAGGAUGCAAUUUUCAAUUACCGAAGGAAGUAUCUUCCAACGCAGCAGGUUGCUUAUCAUACUCCACCUCGUUUUCCUAUAGAUGUUAUUGAAACUAUCCGAGAAGGAGCAUCUCUGUUAUUCAAACAGCUUGGCCUUAGUGAUUUUGCACGAAUUGAUGGAUGGUUUUUGCCUAAUUCAGUUAAUGAUUCAUCAUUAUCAGACAGCAAAUUUGGGCGGACCAAAUGGGGUACAGUUAUAUUUACUGACAUUAACAUGAUUAGUGGGAUGGAGCAAACAAGCUUUUUGUUUCAGCAAGCAUCAAAGGUUGGAUUUUCUCAUUCAAACAUUCUUCAUAGCAUAAUACAUCAUGCCUGCUCGCGAUUUCCUAAGCUUGCAUCAUUCAGUAGUGUAUCAGAUGAUCUGUCUACAACAUCAGAGUCCCCAUCACAUAGGGAGGCACUUCCCAAGAGUGAAGCCAUUCGCAAAGUUUUUGUCAUUUUUGGAGGAGAUACAUCAGAGCGGCAAGUAUCUCUUAUGAGUGGAACAAAUGUUUGGCUUAACUUGCAAGCUUUUGAUGAUCUUGAAGUAACUCCAUGUUUGCUAGCCCCUGCAACUGGAUAUUCUUCUAGUAACAAUUCAGAUGAAAAGGAUGUUGGUGUGACAUCCAGAACAGUUUGGUCCUUACCUUAUUCUCUUGUGCUAAGACACACAACGGAGGAAGUUCUUGAUGCAUGCAUUGAAGCAAUUGAACCAGCCCGGGCUGCAUUGACAUCUCAGUUACGGAACAGAGUGAUGAACGAUGUCAUGGAUGGUUUGAAGACACAGAGUUGGUUUGAGGGUUUUGAUAUUACUGAUGCAUUACCUGUAAGAUUUUCUUUAGAGCAGUGGAUCGAGCUGGCCAAAGAAGUUCAGGCUACAGUUUUCAUUGCAGUGCAUGGAGGUAUUGGAGAAGAUGGUACUCUUCAGUCUUUGUUGGAGGCUAAAGGGGUUCCUUAUACAGGUCCAGGAGUAAUGGCUUCAAAGACUUGUAUGGACAAAGUUGCAACUUCUCUUGCUCUUAACCAUCUUGCUAACUUGGGAGUUCUUACCAUAAACAAAGAUGUAAGGAAAAAAGAAGAUCUCCUAAGAAUCCCCACGCUAGAUGUAUGGCAUGACUUGACGUCCAAUCUUCAAUGUGAAACACUAUGUGUUAAACCAGCAAGAGAUGGGUGCUCCACAGGGGUUGCAAGAUUAUGGUGUUCUGAAGACCUUUCAGUGUAUGUAAAAGCAUUAGAGGAUCAUCUUCUAAGAAUUCCUCCUAAUAGUUUAUCAAAGGCACAUGGGAUGAUUGAGAUGCCAAAUCCUCCUCCAGAGCGCUUGAUCUUUGAACCCUUUAUUGAGACUGAUGAAAUAAUUGUUUCAUCUAAAUCUACUAAUUAUUCGGGGCAUCAGCUCAGGUGGAAAGGAGAGAGUCGAUGGGUAGAGGUGACUGUUGGUGUUAUAGGAAAACGUGGAUCAAUGAGGUCAUUGAGUCCUAGUAUUACUGUUAAGGAAAGUGGCGACAUUUUGUCACUUGAGGAAAAAUUUCAAGGUGGCACGGGGAUCAAUCUGACUCCACCUCCGUCAUCUAUUAUCAGUAAUGAGGCUUUGAAUAGAAGUAAACAGCAUAUUGAGCUUAUUGCAAACACUCUGCAACUGGAGGGAUUUUCAAGAAUUGAUGCAUUUGUCAACGUGGACACUGGAGAUGUGUUGGUUAUAGAGGUCAAUACUGUGCCUGGAAUGACACCUUCCACCGUUCUGAUUCAUCAGGCACUAGCAGAGCAACCACCCAUAUAUCCUCACCAAUUUUUUCGCACACUGCUUGAUUUGGGAACAGAAAGGUCUAUCUAAAGUCCUUAUUAAGGCUGUUGGGUGCUUUAAUGGGUUGGCAAGAUCUAACAUUCAGAACCCAUUUGAUUAGAUGAAGCUGAUAUCAUUGCAAGGGAAGACCAAUUUCUCCGAGAAAUGGGUCGGUGAAUAUCAGAAACCUUCAGUAAUAUCCAGCAUUAAUGGGAAUGGUGUGAUCCACGUGUACAAAAUGGAUGAAGAUUGCUGAAAUUAUGGUAAACUAAUUUUGUCAAUGGUUUUUGGCUUCGGAAUAAUCACGAUUGAGCAAAUCAUUGGCAUUGAAGGCAGUUGGCAAUUAAUUUAGAUUAAAGAAGAAAGGAAAAGGAAAAAAAAAUGAGAAAUUGAGAAUUUUUGUCAUUUCAAAGUAAUAAAACUGCAUAGUCUGUCAAAAAAAAAAGUAAUAAAACUGCAUAAAGUAAAUUUGACAGUGUGAUUAGAAAUUUUCUUUACUUUUCUCUUCUCUUUUUUUAUUUUUUUAUUUUAUUUUUUAUGAAGUUCUUUUUUCUUCCCUUAUUCAAUGUAUGUUGACUCUUCUAUCCUUGGAGAAGUACAAAAUUUAAAUUUCAAA